UACUUCAGCUCUCACGAGAGAAGACUUUUGCGCCUGCGCAGAAGCAAGGACGUUUCCGGCAUUUACAGAUUCAAAUUAGUGGCGGGUUUGGAGGGAUCCGUAGCGUAGGUUUAUCCGCUGGCUCCUAGGUUCUUGUUCAUCUGCCUUCACCCAUGGACCCGAUCCAGAGCUUCUACUGCAAGUUGCGGUCUCUGGCCAGCACACUAGACUGCGAGACGGCCCGGCUGCAGCGAGCCCUGGACGGAGAGGAAAGCGACUUUGAUGAUUAUCCAGUGGGAAUUUUACAUGAUCUUCAUUCAGAAGUCCAGACUUUAAAGGAUGAUGUUAAUAUUCUUCUUGAUAAAGCAAGAUUGGAAAGUCAAGAAAACAUUGGUUUCAUAAAGGCAGCAAAAAUAUUGAUGAAAAAAAAUUCAGCGGAUAUCAUAAAAAUAAGAGAGUUUUUCCAGAAGUAUGGAUAUAAUCCGCGUGUCAAGGAAAGUUCAGUUUGUGAGCAAGAACUCACUAACUCUACCCAAGAGAUGGCUAAAUGUGAGAAUUUUGAAAAGCCUGACGUGAAGGAUGAUAUGUUUGAUCCUUCUGUUCCAAGCAGUUCUGUUUCUAAGAAGAUUCCACGUAGUCCACAACUUUCGGAUUUUGGACUUGAGCGAUAUAUGAUAUCCCAAGUUUUACCAAACCCUCCACAGGUAGUAAACAACCAUAAGGAAGAGCCUGAAAUUCAAACUCCACCUACCAGUCAGUCACUAGUUAAAAUACUAAAAACUCCAAAAUGUGCUCUAAAAAUGGAUGAUUUUGAGUGUGUAACUCUUAAUGUAGAACAUUUUGGUAUCUCUGAACAUACUUUCUGUUUAAAUGAAGAUUAUACAAUGGGACUUAAAAAUGUGAAGAAUAUUAAAAGUGAGAAGACCCUAGAAAGAGAACCCAUGACCAAUAAUUUUUCUGUUACUCCUGGCCCCAUAAUUCAGCAGCUGGAAAAAAGUGAUGUCGAGUGCACAAAUUCUCCAUUGGCACCUACAUUCUGCACUCCUGGUUUGAAAAUUCCUUCCACAAAGAACAGCACAGCUGUGGUGUCCACAAAUUAUCCAUUACCAAAAAUAAAUAAUUCAUCAAAUGAUGUGGAAGUUGAAGAUUACACUCCACUAGUUUUAAAAUCAGAUGAGUGCUUUGAGAAUUUUAUGGAUCCCUUUUCUCCUACAAUUUCUUCUUACGAGAAUCUACUUAGAACACCUACACCCCCAGAAAUAACUGCAAUUCCAGAGGAUAUUCUCCAGAUUUUGUCAAAAUACAACUCAAACCUAGCUACUCCAGUAGCAGUGAAGGCAGUGCCACCCAGGAGAGGUUUCCUCAAAUACAAAAGACAGAAUACCCAAGAUGCUGGCGACAAAGAAAACUGGUGAAAAUGGACACAAUGUCUUUAUUUUCAUGUGAUGUUGAGGAUCAAACCAAGUAACUCACAUGUGGGAGGCAAGUGUUCUAAUACAGAGCCAAAACUCCAACCCCUUGAAAUGUAUUCUUUAGAAAAAAAAGAAUGUAUCAUUUGUUUAUAUACCUUAUUGCUUAUGGGAAAGAAAUUUUCAAAUAGUAAUGCCAGCAGAAAGUGCUGAAAACUUUUGGAUUAUUGUGUUGAACUUCAGCAUAUUAGAAACAAAAGUGAGAAAAUAAAAUCAGGGGAAUAAACGGUGGAAGGAUUUUCUUCUCAUGUGCUAUAUAUCUUCAAAAAGGAUAUCAGAAGGACAUAAUAAAAAUGGCCUCUCAGAAUUUGCAAAAUGACAGGAGAUUUUAUUCCAUUGGAGCAGAUUGCUUUGGGGAAAGAAAAAGGAAAUACUAGAAUUGAUGAGCAAAUAUUGUAUACUGUCAUUAUAAAUUAUAUUAUUUUGAAGUUUUUUCUAUUUUUUUUUGGUAAAAAUAGUAUAAAAAGCAUGUGACAUAGAAAAUAAUAUUAAGGAUCUGUUGUGUUUUAUCUUCAAGUGUGUUUAUUCUGACAUAGAUUUACUAUGAACAGGAUUGAAAAUAUUUUAUAGCUUUGGGAGAAAAUUAAUAUUUUUUCUUAUCUUUUAAUAAACAUUGUCAAAUGAUUUCCCUGCUCUGACACAGUGCAUUACAUUUGCAAAGGUUGGAAGUUAACUGUCAAGGCACCAGACAUCAUUUUUAUUGGGAUUUUAAUUCUCAGAGGUCCUAGUCUUAUCAAUUUGUAGGCAUUUUCUUUUAUAGGUCAUUCUGAUUUGUAGAUCUUUCUUUUUAUAUCAGUAUUAAAUACCAAACCUUCUAUGAUAUGAAGUUCAUUAGAGAUAUGCCUUUGAUGGCAUCCUUUUCCUGGCUUGAGUUUCAAAAAUACCUUGAUGUAAAGUUUCAGAAGUCAUGUGUUGUAAGCCCUCCUUGAAUGUGCCUUUUUUAGAUCUGCAUGGUAAAUCAAGGAACAUAAAUAACACGGUAGCAGAUAGAAGUGUGGAGUUAAGACCAGUGAACAAUUUUAUAUGUAUUUUGUUAUGAUGUUGACAGGAGCUAAAAUUCAGUAAUCUAGUUCAAUUGAUCUAUAUUUCAAAGAAAUCUCAUUUAGUAGCAACUUGAAGGUUUGUAGUAUAAAAUUCUCUUAAUGCUGCUUUUGUUGUAUUCUUUGCUAAAUUAUCUGGUCAAGAUUUACCUUUGCUUUCUUAAAGCUGCAAUCAUGUAACAAGCAGUCUUAAAUAUUAUGAAGGCAUUUAUGUCUAGACUAUGAACUAAAGGUAAUCACAUAUUCAGCCCUGAAUAUGGUACAUUUUGAAAAUACUGUUGUCCAAACUUAAAUAUCAAGGCAAUACAGAUAAGGGUGUGUGUGUGUGUGUGUGUGUGUGUGUGUGGUGUGUGUGUUUCCCUGCCUGGUGGCUCUGAGAUAUUUGUCUACUUUAUAAACAAGCUAAUACACAGUUAUCUACUAUUAAAAUUAUGCACAAAUAAAUGGAGGUUUUUUUAAGUAUGUAUCCAUUGAUGCUGGUAUUAGUUAUACUUUUGAGAAUGGAAGUUAUUAGUUAUUACUCCACUUAUUGCUUAGCCUGCUCUUCCAGGAGUGGCUCUGGAUGGGCUGGAAUGCAAACAGUUGUGUUGGGCCCUUGGCCCAGUCUGUCCUGCAAAGCUGGACAGGACCCAGGGGAGUCAGGUUCCUUGGGCCUGUCUCUGGGCUCUGCCCCCCAGUACCAUGGUGAGAUGGUGAAUGGGGAACUGAAGGGAGGGCAGAGUUAAAGGUUCAGACUCAAGAGCUAACCAAUUGUGUGGGUACUUUUGCAAAAACAUUAACAGAAAUUUGGACCAAUAAUGUUGACCCAAGAGGUAUAUAUACAGCCCAUAGCAGAGCCCACUGGCAGAAGCUGCUAUGGGGUUUUCUGAGAUUCAUUUUGUCCUUUGGAUUCAGAACACUGGAGCACUUGGAGCAGAAAUUGGCUGUUGAGUUUCCACAGUCAGCUGGCACAUCCACAGGCAGAACCAGCUAUUAGAGCUGCUUGUCUGCAGAGGCCUGCUAUUUUCAUGGAGCCCACCCACCCAUAGAAGGAAUAAACUGUCCAUGCACUACAGGGACAUUUUAUGGAGAGAUGUGUACUCAUUCAUAUGGAUUAAUAACAAUGAGAUUUGUUGAUAUGGAUGGUUAAAUGAUGAAGUCUUUAAAGUGAUGCCUGAAUCUCCUUUUCAUAGAAUCACAAAUAAUCUUAUAGUAGAGCUUAGGAUAGGUGUCAUGCUUCAGAGUAAAAUACAGAUACAUUGGUUUGGUGUUCUUUUUCCUGUUGAAGGAUAUUUGAAAGGGCACAUCAUUAACAUAAUCUAAGAAAGGUAGCAAAUUCAGAUUUUUGUCACAAAAGCAGAAAGAAGUGAGCAGAGUUUUGGUGAAUAAGUUGAAGUGAUUGCUGUAAUACAUAUUCUGGUAGUUUGAGAGGAAAUGGCAUGGAGUCAGGUUUGGUUUACAGUAGGGAGAAGACUUGGAGGAAAUUGCAGUUCUCCCCAAAACUAUCUUUGGGCAAAUACACAAAAAUAAAAACAAUUGAGAUAUAUUCUAGAGGUCUUCCUGCUGUCACUUGCUUAUAGAUUGGUUGAGCCCAUGAAUUAAAAAGGUGAAUUAGGAAUAAUUUAAUUUCUUAAUUAAUUGAAUAAGUUUUAGUAAGAGAAGCUAUUUGGAAACUGUUUCAGAGGAAAGUUUGAGAACCUUAUUUUGAAGUUUUACAUUGGAGGGGAUUAAAUAGGCAGUUUAAUGUUUGUAUACAAAAUUCAAGUAGUGUUGAUACAAAUGAUAUACAUUAUGGAGGAAUCAGCAAUGAAAUAACAGGUAAAGGGAAAGAACUUGAUAAGAUCAGGUAAGUAAAUAGUAUGAAAAAAGAAAAGUACCACAGACAACAACCUAGCCUCAAGUGCAUACAAUGUUGCUAUAGAAAAAAAAAACACUAAGAGAUACAUGGACAAUUAGUGCAAAGGAACAAAUAUUUCCAGGAGGGUAGUAUGGUCAUUUCAUUUUAGAUUUCUGACCAAACACAUGUCCAUUGGAAUUGGAAAGAGGGAGUUUAUUGUGGGUUCUAUGGCAGCACUGUGUCAGUUGUAGUUCUUUUGAGUACUUACUUCAUUGUUAUUACAUAUUCUCCAUACAUCAUCUAUCUGUGUCUUAUUUUCUUAUUUGUUGGAGGUUAUUGAUUUGAAGGAAGUGUUUCCCUCUGAAAUAAGAGCAUAUAUGUAAUGUAACUUUGUGUUGCAUUCCAUGAUAUUUUAGCAAGAAAAUCUCCAUGUAUAUACCACCUAUGUUGCUUCCGGUUUAGAGGAAACUUCCCAGUCACUACCCAUCCUCCUCAUAGAGAAAUGUUUAUUUUUUCUGAUUGCUUUUUUUUUUAUGCAGUAAUCCCUUGGGAUUUGAAGUGAUAAUAUGUUCUUGCUUGUGAGCCAUCUUCCUUUAAAGGUACAUUUGUGUCAUUCUCUAUUGUGAGGUUGUCAUUCAUCUCAAUUUAUUUGUGUAUUUGUUUCACUGUCUUUUUUUAUUUGUCUUUUUUUUUAACCUGAAGAUGCUAUAAUUUUCUUUUCUUUUCUUUACAUCUUCAUACAUGUAUAUUGUAUAAUGAAACUUUUUGGUUGUUGUUCUUGUUGAUGUGUUGGGGAUUGAACCUGGGUCUUGUGUAUGCAAGGCCAGCACUCUACCAACUGAGCUAUAUCCCCAGCUCUCAAUAUGCCAAUUUUAAAGCUACAUUAUAUUGCUGAUGUAAAUUUAUAUUGUUUCUUCAUUUCUGAGUUUCAAAAAAUAAACUUGUAGUUUUUGGUGUACAUAUUCAUUUCACAUAUUCAAAUGUGAAAUUGCUGGGUCAUAACUAUACCUAUUCUGUAAUUUAGUAGAUGCAUUCAAAAACUUUUACAUAGAAAAUUUUUGUUCUCCCAGUCUUUAUUUCUUGUAAAUGAAAGGGGUCCUGUUGUCUCAGUAUCUCCUCAAUACCUGCUACCAUGUUUUUUUUUUUUUUAAUUAGUCAUCCUUAUGAGCAGUAAUGGUAUUCCAUUAUGUUAGUUUUCAUUUAGUUGACAACUAAUAAACCUCAGCAUUUUUCCCUUUUUUCUUGUCAUUUGCAUAUUAAGUUUGUGAAGUCCUCUGGGCAUGUAAUUGGAUAUCUCCUUUGAAUCAUUUGUGAUAAUCUUAGAACAAUUAUAAUUGUUGAUAUGAACUAUUUGUUAAUAUUGAGUUAAUUAUAGGUAUUAAUACUUGGUUAAUAUUUGUAAUGCAUAAAGGAGAAAAAAUAUUCGCAUUUGCAUGUAAACAGAUGGAGUUGGAGAAUAUCAUGCUAAGUGAGGUGAGCCAUUCCCCCCAAACCAAAGGCCAAAUGUUUUCUCUGGUAAGUGGAUGCUGACCCAUAAUGGGGGUGGGGGGAUCAUGGGAGGAAUGGAGGAACUUUGGAUAGGAUAAAGGGGAAGAAAGGGAACAUUAGGGAGAGGGCAUAGGCAUAGGAAAGAUGGUGGAAUGACACGGACAUCAUUACCCUAGGUACAUGUAUGAAGAUAUGAAUGAUGUGACUGACUUUGUGAACAACCAGAGAAAUGAAAAAUUGUGCUCCAUAUGUGUACUAUGAAUUGAAAUGCAUUCUGCCAUCAUUUAUAAUAAAUUGGAACAAAAAUAUAUUCAAUAAUUAAAAUAUUUGUAAUGCAGAGAUUUUUUUCCUAUGUGGAUGUAUUGCCUAUAUCCAGUACCCUUGUUAAAGUCUUAUAAUUAUUUGUAACAAGUUAUCUAAAAAUAAUGACAAUUGUAUUUCUUCCAUUAUCAUGAUUAUAUCUUUUGUCUUUCAGGCUGAUUUAUUUUAAUGUCAUCAUGAGGAUAUAUAUGGAUCAUUUAAUCUUUUUUGUUGUUGAUUUUACUUUUUUUAAGUAACCAAUUUCUUUAUUCAGUAAUGCUUCUUGCUUUAAAUUCUAAACUAUGAAUUAUUAAUAUAACUAUGGUAAGGUUUUUUGGUUACAGUGUGCUGUUAUUUGAGUUUAGAUGGUCAGAAAAUCUAUACUUAAAGUAAUGCCUAAUUUUAUUAGGUAUAAUUUUAAUAUUUUUCCUCUUUGUCUCAUCCAUUCUUUUCAUCAUUUUCUUUUCUAUUUUCUUUCUUUCCAUGCCUUGAAUCUGUUGUAUUUUUCUUUACUUUAUAUUCAUUUCAUUGUGCAGAGAACAUAUGAAAAUCAUUUUUUCAUAUAAGAGAUGGAAUUAUCAAAUAAAGUCCUCAUGAAUGAGAGAUGCCAUUCCUGACCAAGAUUUGAUAAUAAUUUCAAAGAUAAAGGGAUCACAUGGCAAAUGGCAGAUAGGUAUAUGUCCAGGUCAUUCUUUCCUUUUCAGGAUCUUGGCUUUCAUUGUGUGGUUCCCCAUAGGAUUGAGGAAGUAUGUUUUCUGCCUCUGUCAAUCAGAGGCUAAAGUAAGCACUAGCUGUCAGAUUUUGGCCUUACAUUUUUGAGUCUGUGAUAUGAAUUCUUGGAGGAAGAAGAAAUGUUGAGUUUAUCUUAGUAUUCUUCUCUUCCUCUUCCUAUCUUGUAUCUCCAAAGUCCUGGCUAUGUUAUUUACCCUCUAGUGUCCUCAUGAAUUAGAUUUACACAUUAUAUUUUCUUUUAGUUAUAUGGGUUAGAAAGUUAGAUUCAGAUAUUCCUUCAUGGACAGAAGUUAAAUUUGUGUGACUUUAUUUUAACUUUGCUUUUAAUACGAAUGUUUUAGAAAGAAAAUAUAUGACAUCAUUGUUCUGCUUUUUGUUUGUAUGUAUGUUUUUGUGAAUACACACUUAUAUAAAUUGAUGUUAGAAUUAAUACAUGUGCUUGAUUAGACCAGCUUUUUAUAUGUGUGUAUGAUGCGCUUUUUUUUAUGUGGGACAUCUCUCCUCCCACUCAUUGCUUUUCAGAACUAGGAAUUUGGUAGCUUCCACCUCUUGGCUGCUUCUUCCCUGCUCCUCAAUUUAUAAUUCCUAGAAAGCAUUGUAUGAGGAGUCCUAAGUAUGCUUAUUGGCAUUACUAGUAAAGAAUUUUAUUGGAAAAGGCCAAUCAUUGCUGCUUUUAGGGAAACAGAAUUUAUAGUAUAGUUUAAACAGAUAGGGAAAGGUCAGAAAGAAAGGGACAUAGAUGUUCAGUAAGUUUAGGAAACAGUGACCUGGUUGGAUGGACAGAUCACUCAGUGUUGUAUCUUCUUUAUGGAAGGUCUGCAAAUGUUAAUAUCUGUUUAUACUCAUAACUGCAAGGAUUUGAAUACAUUUGUACUUUCUGAAUAAUUCAGAAAUAAACCUGACUUCUUGUA